CUUGUCCCUCCAGGCAUUUGUUUAGAGGAAGCAGUUUAUAAGGAGUUUCUUCUGAAAUCAACAUGACAGCCAACAAAAGACAAACACUGUCACAGGUCUUCGGCAUGGCUUUUGCCCUCGCCCAACUGCUGAAAUGUCCUCUCCUCACUGCGGCCAUUUUCAUUGUGGGCAUCGGUGGCUCUUUCCAGUACGGCCUCCAAAUAUCCAUUCUCACCUCCCCAUCCAUUUUCAUUAAAGAGCUGAUCAACGUCACCUGUACUGAGCGAUACGGCCUCAACCUGCCGCCAUGGCAACUGUCAAUCAUCUGGUCCUUUGUGGUGUCCAUCUACUGCAUCGGAGGCCUGAUAGGCUCGCUCAGCGCUGGACGACUGGCGGACAAGUACGGCAGGAAGAGAUGCCUGCUGUUGAACAACCUGGUAGCCAUUGCAGGGGCCGUUCUGAUGGCGCUGAGCAAAACAGCCAUGUCCUUCGAGAUGAUCAUGGCCGGAAGGUUUAUCUACGGCCUCAACGCAGGUGUAGCGCUGGUAGGUCACUGUCUCUACCUGCCUGAGUGCGCCCCCAAGAGACUUCGCGGGAUGGUGGGGUUCACCAUGGUAACCUAUGUAUCCUUUGGGAAGUUCAUUGGCCAGCUCCUGGGCAUCAGUGAGCUACUGGGUACAGAGAAGCUUUGGCCAUUGUUAUUGGCUACGGGCGGUGUGGCGGGGCUGCUGCAGCUGAUGACGCUACCUCUCCUGCCAGAGUCGCCCCGAUACCUGCUCUUCGUUAAAGGGGACGCACAAGCCAGUGAACAGGCCAUGCAGCGUUUGUGGGGUGGUGGUAUGGACCACAGUGGGGAGCUGUCGGACAUGCGUGCAGAGGCGGCGGCCUUGAAGGGGGUGCUGAGAAGAGGGGUCCUGGAUCUCUUCAGAGACCGCUCGCUACGCUGGCAACUCCUCACCGUCAUAUGCCUCAUCACAUGCUUACAGUUCUGUGGGAUCAACGCCGUGUAUCUGUACUCGUUCGCUGUUUUCAGAGAGUCCGGUGUUCCUCCACAUCAGCUGCGCUACGCAUCUUUGGGCACGGGCCUGUGUGAGCUCACCACUGGCGUCCUUUCGGCAAUGAUAAUUGAGCGUACAGGCAAGAAGGUGCUUCUGCUACGAGGAUACUUCGGGAUGGCCACAACCCUGGCAGUACUCACUGUUACUCUAUACCUUCAGACCAUCUUGUGGUGGAUGUCCUACUGCAGUAUGAUCCUCGUCUUUCUCUUCAUCAUCUUCUUCGCCAGUGGACCAGCCGGCAUCACCGCGCCCCUUGCUGGUGAGGUCUUCAAUCACUCCUUCAAGGCAGCUGGCUUCACCAUCAGCACCUGUAUCAACUGGACAUGCCUCUUCCUCAUCGCCAUGCUAUUCCCUCUCGUAGUGAAGCACACAGACUACCUGUGUUUCCUGUUCUUCCUGUGUUUCUCUCUGGCCACCGGCCUCUUCGUGCACUUCAACGUUCCGGAGACCCGGAACCUGACUGCCCUGGAGAUCGCCGAAGCGUACCGGAAGAUGCACAGCAAACAAAGACCCCACCCAGAGGACAACAGCCACACACCCGCCCCAGAGGACAACAGCCACAGACCUGCCACAGAACAGGACAACAAUCACAUACCUGUUUCAGAGGACAACAACACGCCAGCAUCAGUGGACAAACAUAUUCAUGUGGCGUGGAUCAAAACAGAACUGGUGCACUUGGGCAAAAAUCAGUUUGUCCACGCCACCAGACUCUGACGGCCUGACAGCGUGUAACUGAAUUCUAUACGACAGCAGAAA